CGUUUGCACCUUUUUUGCUGUCGACCAUUUGCUACAAUAUCGAGCCUUCAUCUUCCAUUCGCAUUGCCAAUCGGCCUAAUUCACCAUGUAUACUCGACGAACUGCUCCCAGUCGGCGCUCAUCCGCCCAUUCUACUUCAUCGGCCUCGCCGUCAUCAUCACCGACUUCGCAAAGGCCCCGCCUGCUACGAAGCAGCGUCACGGAGCCAUCGAUCACCCCUCUGUCCAGCAACGAUGUGCAAGCGUCUAGACUGUCGCAUCGGUCGCCGCACACCGCAGCCGACCUGUUACACAAAAUGGCCUACUAUCAGCCAGGAACGUAUGAAGCUGAAGCCAUCAAAUCGGAGCCCAUGACCAUUGAGAACCGUGUGGCAUGCGUGGAAAAUUCAACACCCGAGGGAUCAUUCAAUGGAUGCUAUUUCAGCUUCCCAAGUUUUGAAAAUUGGGAAAGUACACAGGAAGAAAGCGAGAAAACAGAUGGAAAUCCCUGAAGUGAAGGGAUUGAUUUGCAAGCACAGGUGAAUCUCAAA